AUGGGAAAGGCCACUGCUACUAGCUCCAAGAAAAAGGCUCAACACUCUCCUUUAUAUAGAGAUAUCACCGAGGAUGGUGGAAGGCUCAGAGAAAACCCUAGAGCUUCUAAAAAAUCUAAAUCAUUGAAGGGCGAAAAAGAUGAGGAAUACAUUGAUGCUGCCACUUCCCGAAAAAUCCUUCAAUUGGCAAAGGUCCAACAAGAGGAACUUGAAGAAGAGGAAAAUAUGUUAAAUAAGGAUAGCAAUAUCACAUCUAAAUAUAGAUUUCAAGUACCAGAAGAUUCAGAAGAAGAAGAAGAUUCAGACGAAGCUGAUGCUGAAGAGUUCGAAACAUUGGGAGAAUAUGACGAUGCUGAUGAGGAAAUUGAAGAACAUAUAAGCGAAGAAGAUGCUAAGCUAUUUGAACAAUACUUGAACAGUCAAAAGACCUUUGAUGGCUCUCAAUCAUACAAUUUAGCCGACAAAAUUAUGGCAGAAAUAGAAAAUAAGAAAUCACAACUUCAGAGAACUGAGGAAGGUGAAGAGGAGGAAAGAGGUGAGGGUGUUAUGUUACCUCCAAAAGUUAUUGCUGCCUAUACUCAAAUUGGUGAGGUUUUGUCUACUUGGACUCAUGGGAAAUUGCCUAAGUUAUUCAAAAUUAUCCCAACAUUGAACAAUUGGGAAGAUGUUUUAUAUGUUACAAACACUCCUAGCUGGAGUCCACAUGCUGUAUAUGAAGCUACCAGAUUAUUUGUAUCUAACUUGGGGGCCAAAGAGGCAGAAAAGUUCAUCUAUAUGGUCUUGUUGGAAAGAUUUAGAAAUGAUAUUGCAGAUGAUGAAAAUCACAAAUUGAACUACCAUUUGUACAGAGCCUUGAAGAAGGCCUUAUACAAGCCUAGUGCUUUCUUCAAAGGGUUUUUGUUCCCUCUCGUUGAAACAGGUUGUACUAGUCAUGAAGCUAAAAUCGCAGCAUCAAUUUUGUCCAAAAUAUCUAUUCCUGUCUUACAUUCAUCUGUGGCUUUGAGUCACUUAUUGACUUUAGAGUAUCACCCAGCCAUAAUAAUUUUCAUUUGCACGUUGAUCGAAAAGAAAUAUGCAUUGCCUUACCAAACUGUGGAUGAUUUAGUGUUCUACUUCAUGAAAUUUAGAAGAGCUGCCAAUGCCAAUGGUGAUAUGAUGGAUGUUGAGGAUGAUGUGGUAAGAAGGGAACAAAAAUUGACCGUUGGCUGGUAUAAGGCCUUCCUUGCGUUUGCUCAAAGAUAUAAGAAUGAUAUAACAGAUGACCAAAGGGACUUCUUAUUAGAAACUAUCAGACAAAGAUUCCAUAAUGGAUUUGGACCGGAAAUUAGAAGAGAGUUGCUUGCAGGUAAACCAAGAAUGUCGGAAGGUAUAAAGGAGACUGAACCAGAAAUGAUGGAUAUUUUUUAA